AAAUUUUGAUAACUAAACCAGCCAAGUAAACAAAUUCGAAAGGUAGCUUAUUCAACCAUGAAAGAAUCCGACAUUGAUGGAAGCUCGCGUGGUGGUGCUACCGCUUCCGUAUAUCUUUGCAUCAAGCAGUUCAACUCACGUUUGGGUGAUGAGUUGAACCUUAAGGUUGGUGAUAAGAUCCAAGUUCUAUCUGAUGACAGCGAGUACAACGAUGGGUGGUAUAUGGGAAAGAAUCUAUCCACCGGGAAAGUGGGGUUGUACCCUAAAAGCUUCACCCAGGUGUUGGUGGAAGAUACCCCCGAUGACUACAACUUGUUACGGUCUCGGUCUCGGUCUCGUUCCAAGAGAUUGAGUUCUCCUACUACACCCAUAUCCGCCAAACCUGACUCUCCAGUUUCCAAGCUCAAGUCUAACUUUGAAAGCUUGUCCAUCAAGCGUCCUGCCAACGGUAACUACAAGACUCCCGGUACCACUGCCACCGCUACUACCCACGCCAAAUCCUCGUCCUCUCUUUUUAACCCAAAGACCUCCAAAAUCUUUGAUGAAGCCCAUGACCUUAAUGAUAAUAACGACACUUUUAAUACCACAAAUGGCCACAGUCACCUCGAUGACAUCGAUGAUGAAGAUAAUAUUGACGCUGAAGACCGUGAGUUUGGCGUUAACAAGACCAUGAACGAUAUAGACAAAGCGUUGGAAGAGUUACAGUCAGAUUCGUACAUCCACAGUACCAACACUGGCCACAAGCGUGCUCCUUCUAACAUGUCGUUGACAGAGGAUCUCAAUCCCAAGGAUGCCAUGAGCUGGACUCCAAAACAAGUCACGUCCUAUUUUGCGUUGGGGUUGGGUUUCGACACUAGUGUGGCUGGAAAAUUUGCUAGACAUAAAAUUACAGGGGCUAUCUUGUUCGAAUUGGACUUGGCUCAUUUGAAAGAGUUGGAUAUUGACUCGUUUGGCACCAGGUUUGAAAUCUACAAGGAAAUUGAAAACUUGAAGAAGAUUGUCGAUGGCCACAAGGAACUUGAUACUGACAAGAAUAAGACUUCGGAACCCCAAUUAUUGGAUUCAGCCAAAAUAACAAGAGGCCCAUCGGAAUAUGGUCAUCAAAGAAAGAAGUCUCAGUCGUAUGAAGAGUUGAGAGACACCAAUAAGAUUGUUAGUCCAAAAAUGGAUAAAGCCUACAAAUUCGGUGAGGCUACCAAUAAGGAGAUGUACGGGUCCAACAAUAAUGUCAGCACCAGUGUCUUGAAUCCUCCUACCGAAUCAGCUGGUAUCAAGAACCGGUUAAGCAGGCCUGCUUCCUCUAUCUAUGAACAAUCUGUUCAUAGCAGAAAUCACAGCAGAAAUAUUUCAGGCACUUCGGAUUAUUAUGGUAACCACAGAAGAAACUCAUCGGUCAUUCUCUCCAAUAAUAAUCAUAAGAGAAACAGUUCCAUGUUCUCUUUUAUGUCUAAAGAUAAAGAUGAAGUCGACAACAAGAAAUAUAAAGAAGUCAAAGAAAAGGUCCUGGAAAAACAAGGAAGAAAACAAGAAAAGCUUAUUUCUCCAGCAAAAAUUAAGAAGGAACGUCUUCCUGAAGUUUCUACCCCCACUCAUGAUAUCCACAAUAAUCUGGAAGAAAUAGAUAUUGACUCCACUCAGUUUUCUCCAAGAAAGCUGAAAUCAAUCAACCACAAGUAUGACGAACCCCGCAAACUUGACUUUAAAGAUGAGAAAAGGUCAGUUUCUGAUUCCACUGCCACUCUUAAUAGUUCUGCCAGUUCUACUCCCGGAACUAGUACCAUUUCAAGGUUCAAGACCUUAAGAACGGCUUCGACUACUAACUUUAAGAACUUAACGAGCUCUAAGAAGCUGAAAACCAGUGCUUUCCAAGAAGGUAUCAGAAGCAUCACUCCAGACGAGGCUAUCAAGUCUGCCAAUUAUUCUGGAUUCAUGGCCAAGAGGACGGGUAACAACUUAUCUUGGAGAUCGAGGUAUUUCACCCUUCAUGGAACCAGAUUAUCAUACUUCACCUCCUUAAAGGAUAAAAAAGAAAAAGGGUUAAUUGACAUCACCGCCCAUAAGGUGAUUCCUAUCGACACAGAUGGAGAAGAUAAAUAUAUUGCCUUGUAUGCCGCUUCUACUGGGUUUGGAAGGUAUUGCUUCAAAUUGAUUCCUCCAGCUCCAGGCUUCAAAAAGGGAUUGACCUUCACUCAGCCUAAGACCCACUUUUUUGCAGUUGAGACCCAAGACGAAAUGAGAGGAUGGAUAAAGGCGUUGAUGACUGCUACCAUUGAUAUUGAUGAUUCUGUUCCCGUUGUUAGCAGUUGUUCGACCCCAACUGUCAGUUUGGCCAAGGCGCAAGAACUAUUAGCCAGAGCCAGAGAAGAAACCAAGUUGAAAGAUGAAGAAAGAGCAAUGCAAGGAAACAAUGGAUUCCUUGGAGACUUGAACGACUUUGGAGAUGAUGAAUUUAGUGAAAGUCAAUUGACCUCGUUCAUUGGUAACUACACCUUGGAUCCAAAUACAUCGGGUGAAAACAGUCCUUUGGUAGAAUCAUUAGAAGAGGGUUCAGAAUCUACCAGUUCCCCAAGUGAACAUCCAAACUUGAGUAUUGACACUUCCGGAAAACCGUCUGUUAAGGGUCCCACCACUCCACAGCUUUCUAAUCCUACAGGAUUUGCUUCUCCUUACUUGUUGGCUUCGGGAUUGUUGUCUCCCAAGCUGAACAACGGUAAUGUUAACUUCUCCCCAACUAUGAACCAUGAAGAUGCUUCAUCCACAAGCAAUUCAUUUAGUAAUACCUAUAACAAUUCCAAAGCGUCCAACACCACGACUCCAAUCGAUCAGAAACGUGAAUACUUUACUGACUUGGACUCCAACGGAUCCACUCCCAAGCUGCCUGCUUCAAAUGGUAGAGUAAAGAGUGCUAUCAGUCAAAGUUCAGGCCACAAAAAGAAGCGUCACUCUGAAAAGUUGUUGGCAUACAGUAAUGAUGGAUCUGGAAAUCACACGUUUGUAAUCAAACAAAAGCGUUGAUAUACUCCCAGUAGAAGCUUUAAUAGUUUUGUGUAUUGCUAGUCUUUGUAUUAUAUUAUAAUUUGUACUCAAGUGU